CACAAUAUCAUUAAUAAUGCUAAUAAUAAUCAUCAAUCAAUUAGGAAAGUAUCCUUCAAUCAACAUCAGUCGCACAGUCAUGUUACUUCACAAGUUAACAAAAACAAUUCACAUUCCAAAUACACUCAAGCUUGCCCUAUGUGUGAUGAUUCACAUCCAAUUUAUUCAUGUACUAAGUUUCUAGAUUUAUCUAUUAAUGAUAGAAUUAAAUUAGUGGAUUCCAAGAAGUUAUGCAGGAACUGUCUUCGCAGAAAUCACACUAGUUCGGACUGCCUAUUUGGUCCGUGUAAGAAGUGCUCAUCCAAACAUAAUACACUUCUGCAUAGUCAUGUAGUUAUUGAAAAUGUAAACGCAUCAACAUCAUAUGUACACACAAAUACAUCUUUGCCAGUUGAUAUGAGCCCUUCAUCUCACUCAACUGCCUUGAACUGUACCGAAUAUCCCUCUAAGUCACACACAAAGGAGAUUACUUUAAAUAAUUAUAAUUCACACAACUUAGUUUUGCUAUCUACUGCCUUGGUAGACGUAGUAGCUAGUGAUAAUAAAUUACAUACAGCACGGGUUUUGCUGGACACUGGCAGUCAAAUAUGCCUUAUUAACCAAUCAUUUGCACACAAAAUAAACGCACAACUUAUACAGUCCUCUGUUCAAGUUAUGGGAGUAGGUCAUGCAGUCACUCAAAGCGCACAUAAGUGUACUGUAAAGAUACACUCAAGAGUAAACAAUUUUCAUACACACAUACAAUGUUUGGUUUUACCUCGCAUCACAGCCAGUAUGCCACCAUGCCAGUUAGACAUUAGUAAAAUUUGUAUUCCAAACAACAUUAAACUUGCAGAUCCUAAUUUUCAUCAUCCUUCUGAUAUUGAUAUUUUAAUAGGUGUUGAUAAAUUUUGGGAAUUUCACAACAAGGGUUUCAUAAAGCUAUCAACAGGGCCAUAUUUACAUGAAACCAAACUAGGUUGGGUCAUAUCUGGACCAAUACACACAAGUACUAACUUGCGCAUCAAUAAUCAAGUUAGUUGUAACCUAACUAGUAGUUUAGAUAGUCAAUUAAAAAGAUUCUGGGAGUUGGAAGAAAUUCCUUCCUCGGGGAGCAAAAUGCUCACAGCAGAUGAACUCACUUGUGAACAAAUUUUCUUAUCAACUCACCACCGAGAACCUGAUGGUAGGUUUUCUGUUAGAAUUCCUCUAAAAGAACCCGCUGAUGUUUUAGGGGACAGCUAUUCAUUAGCCGAGAAGAGAUUUUAUUCAUUGGAACGCAAGUUUAGAAAUUCACCUGAUCUUAAAGAAAAAUAUUGUGAAUUUAUGCGCACAUAUGAACAAUUGGGGCAUAUGACACAAAUUGACACUUAUAGUUAUCCUUAUUAUAUGUUACCACAUCAUGGUGUUAUUAAUGAAAAUUCAAAAACAACAAAACUACGUACCGUGUUUGAUGCAAGUGCUGUCACCAGUACAGGAAAAUCCUUAAAUAGUAUACAACAUAUUGGGCCUACUUUACACAAUGAUAAUUUUUCUAUUCUUCUUCGUUUUCGUCAAUACAAAUAUGUUGCAUGUGCUGACAUAGAGAAAAUGUACCGACAAAUUAAUGUACAGACUGAUCAACGCACUUUACAGUUAAUUUUAUGGCGAGAGAAUCCUUCUGACUCUUUGAAAAUAUUUAGGCUCAAUACGGUUACAUAUGGUACUGCAUCGGCUCCUUAUUUGAGUAUUAGAUGUUUAAAGCAACUUGCACAGGAAUGUGAAAAUAAGUACACUGUCCCAGGAGAGGAUAACAAUUAUGUGUCUAAAAUAAUCAAUGAAGAUUUUUUUGUUGAUGAUCUAAUCACUGGCCAUGACAAUCAUGAUACCCUCAUGCAAAUUUGUGAUCACAUCACAUCAGUUUUAGCCUCAGGAUGUUUUCCAUUACAUAAAUGGUUAUUUAAUACUUGCUUAAACACACCUAAUGAAUCAAGACAUUUAUCUUUAGGAGAUGAUUGUUUAAAUAAAACUCUCGGUUUGGGUUGGUUCACUCAAAGUGAUGAAUUAUAUUUCACUACCAAACUUAAGGUAAACACACACACUGUUACUAAACGUUCAAUGUUAUCUGUAAUUGCUCAGAUUUAUGAUCCACUUGGGUUGUUAUCACCAACAAUCAUAUGUGCCAAAAUCUUAUUGCAAAAAUUAUGGCUUUCCAAACUUGACUGGGAUGACCCCGUUCCUCAUGAUGUGGUUCAGUCUUGGGAAAAGUUUAUUAAAUCAUUUGACUGUUUAAAGGAUAUUCGCAUUCCUCGACAUGUUAUAGGUUCACAUAAUCAAUACAUUGAACUUCACAUUUUCAGUGAUGCUUCACAAAGUGCUUAUGGUGCUUGUAGUUAUAUACGUUCUUAUUCAGACAAUUCACCAGUGUUUAUCAAAUUGUUAUGUUCAAAAAGUAAAACAGCUCCAUUAAAAGCUAUAAGUAUUCCUCGAUUAGAACUAUGUGGAUCUUUAGUGGGUGCCAAAUUGUUUGCAAAAAUAAGUAAAUCAUUGCGACUUAAAUUUCAUAAAGUAUAUUUUUGGACGGACUCCACCAUAGUGCUUGGAUGGCUUCGCAUGUCACCACCUCUUUUAAAAUCAUUUGUACAAAACCGAGUUACUGAGAUUAAUGAUAUUGCAAGUGAAGCUUGUUGGAGACACGUUAGCAGUGGGGACAACCCUGCUGAUUUGUUAUCUCGAGGCAUGAGUUUUGAUGCGCUUGAUAAAUGUCAAUUAUGGUGGAAUGGUCCUGCUUUUUUACACAAUCAUCAUUCAGAAUGGCCACAAAGGCAUUUUACAAAAGAGGUUCCUUCAGAUUUACCAGAAUUAAAAUCUGCAAGUGUAACUGAGAUGUCACUACAUUUAAAUUUAUAUAGUGGGUUAUUUGAUUUCAAUCGGUUUUCAUCAUUUAAUCGCUUAAAGUGCAGUGCAGCCUACGUACUACGAUUUAUUCAAAAUUCACGUACAAAACGCAAUAAUCGUUUGGUUGGUCCGCUCUCGGUUGAAGAGCUGAAUGCUUCCAAUACAUUAUUGACGCGAAUAUCACAAAUAGAAUCUUUUCCUUUAGAGUACAACUGUUUAACGAAAAAUUUAAAACUAAAAUCUACUAAAAGUAUUACCGGUUUAUCUAUUUUUCUGGAUAAAGAUGGGUUAAUACGCAUAGGUGGUAGACUUGCAAAUUAUGACAAUUUUUCUUACAAUAAAAAACAUCCUGUUUUACUCGAUAGCAAACAUUGUUUCACUCGUUUGUUAUUUGCAUUUGAACAUAAAAGAUUAUUCCACGCAGGACCGCAAUUACUUUUAUAUCACAUUAGAGAUGAAUGGUGGCCUUUAAAAGGUAGAAAUUUGGCUAGACAAACAGUUCAUAGAUGUGUUACUUGCACACGCUUCAAAGGUCAAACCUUGACACCCAUUAUGGGAAAUCUACCCUCUGAACGUUUUCAAUCAGGUUUUCCCUUCAUGCGCUGCGGAGUGGAUUAUGGAGGCCCAAUUUUGAUACUUAAUCGACGAGGUAGGGGUGCGCGAUUGGAAAAGAGUUAUAUUUGCUUAUUUGUUUGUUUUAGUACUCGUGCGGUGCAUUUGGAAUUAGUCACUAGUUUAACAACUGAUGGAUAUUUACAGGCUCUGAAAAAAUUUAUAUCUAGGCGUGGAAAACCAUUAGAAAUUCACUCAGAUAAUGCCAAAACGUUUAUUGGUGCUAUGAAAGAGUUUUCCGAUUUCAUAGACAACAAUUCAGAUGCAAUAGUAGAGUAUGCACAUGAUAAUCAUAUCAAAUUUAAAUUUAUUCCACCUUAUGCGCCUCAUUUUGGAGGUUUAUGGGAGGCAGGCAUCAAAUCCUGUAAAUUUCACUUAAAACGCGUGGUAGGCAAUGCCCAUUUAACUUAUGAAGAAUUUAGCACGGUUUUAGCCCAAAUUGAGGCUAUUCUAAAUUCUCGUCCCAUUUCCCCUUUGUCCUCUAAUUCCUCAGACCUUUUACCUCUUACCCCCGCUCACUUCCUCAUUGGCCGCCCGCUGACAGCACCAGCUUCUGAAGAUCUAACUACUACACCAUCACAUCGGUUGACACGCUAUCACAGAAUUGAACAACUCAGACAACAUUUCUGGCAACGUUGGUCUAAGGAGUAUGUCUCUGAACUCCAAACUAGAACUAAAUGGAAGAGUCCAAGUCGAGAUAUCACCGAAGACAUGUUAGUCCUUAUAAAAGAAGAUAAUUCUCCACCCUUAAAAUGGCGUCUUGGAAGAGUCACUGAAGUCUCAAGAGGCAAAGAUGGAGUAGCUCGAGUUGCCUAUAUUCGCACAUCUGAAGGCAUAAUUCAAAGGGCUUGUUCGAAAAUAUGCCCCAUCUUUCCAGAGGACGAGGACCCUGAAGAAGAAGACAUUGGAAGAGUUCUUCCAAGGCCGGGGGCAUGUUAAUGCGCAACACUGAACACAAUAACGUCAAUGUCAUCUGUCUAUCAAGUGCAAGUCAAUUCAACGUCAACCGUCAACUGUCAUUC